AUGACCUCCCAGCUAUAUAUAUUAUAUCCGGCAAAGUUUUUGCCAAUUCAGAAAUGGAUAACAAAAAAAUUCCAGCAGUGUGCAGAGCCUAGACUAAGCCCGUUUUUAGGAUUGGAAUUUUAUCUCGUGGAAUGGAAGGAUAAGAAGAUGGUAAGGAAAGCUCGGACAAUCGGGCAAAUUCCUAUCGUGAAUCCUGGAGUUAAGCCUGGGCUUCGAUUCGACCUUUUGCAGAAAGAUGACCAGAAAUUCCUUUUUUUUGGAAUUUCUGUGAGGCAGCCAUGCUAUAAUAACCACCCGCUGUAG